UACCUCUAUGAAGUUAUGGUGUUCACGGGUGGCAAGGAGGAGGCAAGCACCACCAGCAAGGUACAGUUCAUUCUCACGGGAGAACGAAGUGAAACAGAUGUAAGGACUUUUGCUGACCCGGAGCGAUUAUUGUUCAAGAGAAAUGCCAUUGAUAUAUUUGUUAUGACUGUUCCCGAAUGCCUCGGUAACAUUCAGUUCCUUAGGAUCUGGCAUGACAACAGUGGCAAGGAUAGUGAAGCUUCUUGGUACCUUCGCUACAUCGUCUUCAGAGAUGUCCAGACCGGUCAGAAGUUUGAAUUUAUUGCUAACUGUUGGUUUGCUGUUGAACAUGAUGACUUCCAGAUUGAUAGACUUAUUGCUGUGGCUGGAGAGGCCCAGAAGACAGAAUUUAAACACCUUUUUGAUACAAGAUCUCACAAAAACUUAUAUGAUGGUCACCUGUGGUUUUCUGUCUUUGCUCGCCCUGCGCGCUCCAG